CUGAUGUGGCUGGCCCGAGAGCCCGGAGGCGGUUGGCCAGAGGACGCAGUGCUUGUGGCGAGCCGACUGUCUGAUCUCGUCCUGGAGACUCCGCUUGCAGGCAUACGUAUGACAUGUUUUUCUGCAUUAGGACCCCCGGACGCAGUGACCCUAAGGCCAGGCAAGGGUUGGCCUACAUCGUUGCACAACUUGGUGCUGGGAUCAUGCCGUCACGGGCGCUCGAAAACUUUCUGGAACUCCCAAUGGAAUAAACACGACCUCUCGGGACGAUGUCUCUUCUGACCCAGGUAUCCAGACCUCAUCUUACCUGACAACUACCCCAGGUUCUGUACGAACACCGCCGCAAUCAUGAACGUCGACCGCCCUGCCCGUCGCAUACGCAUGCCCUGGAAAAACCGAAAUGACAUCCUUCCCAAUGAAGAAGAGACCACGGUCUCGCGCCGAGUUCCUCUGCUCGGCUUCCUACCUCUUGCGGUCAAGAACCAUUUCGUAGCCAUGAUGGCCGAGUUCACAGGGACAUUCCUCUUCCUGUUGUUUGCACUUGGUGGCACGAACGUGGUCAACACAGCACCAGCGGAUGGGUCCCUAGCUGCUGCCGAUCCAGCCAAGUUGCUUUUCAUUUCUUUGUGUUUCGGGAUGUCCCUGGCUGUCAAUGCAUGGGUGUUCUUCCGGAUCAGUGGCGGUCUCUUCAAUCCUGCGGUUUCCCUCGGCAUGAUGAUUGUCGGAGCAGUUCCUUAUGUACGUGGCUGCCUCGUUAUCAUUUCACAGCUCCUAGGCGGCAUCGCCGCCGCUGCCGUGGUGUCAUGUCUCCUACCGGGACCGCUCAAUGUACGCACAUCUCUUGGUGGAGGCACAUCGGUGGUACAGGGACUUUUUAUUGAGAUGUUUCUUACCGCCCAACUCGUUUUCACCAUCUUCAUGCUCGCUGCCGAAAAACACCGCGCAACGUUCAUCGCCCCUGUCGGCAUCGGUCUUUCUCUCUUCAUCGCCGAACUCUUUGGCGUGUACUACACAGGAGGCAGUCUGAAUCCGGCACGCUCUUUCGGCCCCUGUGUCGUACUGCAUUCUUUCUACUCCUAUCAUUGGAUCUACUGGGUCGGACCUAUACUAGGUUCCCUGCUCGCCAGCGGGUUCUACAUGCUGGUCAAAGCCCUGGAAUACGAGACUGUCAACCCCGAACAGGACUCUAGCGGGCAAGAAGGAAUGAUGUUCGACCCAGAGACUGGCGAAGAGGAGAAGGUUGAUCCCGAAGGCCCAUCGCAUUUGUACAAUUCUCGGAACGGUCAGCCAAGUGCUGCCAGCGCUGGGGCCGGCACCUUGACCGGGGGUGGAGCUCCCGCACAUGAUCUUACUACCCGAGCCAGCGACGAGAGGACCCUAACACGGCCCAUCAGAGGCGAACGCGAUCUCGAGGCAGGGCGAGAUAUUCAGGGUGCACCGGUGCCCUGAAGAUGAAAAGUCGCUUCCAAGUGUUAUAAUUUCAGACCUGGGUUCCAGGUUGCGUUGCAAAAAAGAUCUCACACUUCAGAUGUUAUUUUAUGAAUAUUC